AUGAUUUUUCUAUAUGUGCUAAUAGCAGCAUGCAGUGCUGAGUAUUUACACCUGGCUGCAAGAAACCAUUCAAAACCAUAUAUGAAUAAAUCAAAAAAAGACUGACUUAUUUUGUAUACAAAUAAUAAUGCUCCAGGACAGCUUGAAAAAGAAUUUUUAAACGCUUCAAAAGCAGAAGGAACGAGCAAGCUGACGUAUUCUUUGUUUAACUGCACAAAAUAUUGGGAAGUUUGUGAGCAAUUUAGAAUAAAAGAGCUACCUUUAAUUCAUUAUGUCAGUAGAGGAAUGGUAAAAGAAUAUAAUUGGGACUUAUCACUGGAUGAUUUUAUUGAAUUUGGACAAAAAAUAAGUAUGCCUGAAAUACAGCAGGUUUCAACAGUUGAUGAUUUUGAAAAAUUCAAAAGAUAUGAGAGGGCUUUUAUGCUAUGAACUCUCCCUGAAUUUACAUCAGAAGCAAAAAAUCUUAGCGAUAAUUAUUUCGAUGCAAUCGCAAAAGAAAUGCAGCACACAAGGAUUUAUUUUGGCAGAUGUCAUGAAGAAGAGGUGGCUAAAUAUAUAAAAGUUGAUUGAGCUCAGCUGCCAAGUGUAAAACAGCAUGGAGUUGAUAGUGAUUAUGAUUUUAAUAUUACAAAAUAUACUGAAGCUUCUUUAAGGGAUUUUAUUGAAAAUCAUAAAUUUGGGGUACUUUUCAAUAUGACAAGAGGGAUAGAAAAAGAGCUGGUGUCAGGUCUUAAAGGAAAAUUAUUUGCCUUGGCUGUAUUAGAUUUCAGUAAUCAGACUGAAUAUAGCCGGUAUUCUAACCAUAUGAAAUCGCUAGCCUUGAGUCUAAAAAAAUCAAAAGAUUGGCGGUAUCAGUUUGGCUUACUAGAUGCUCCUAAAUUUCCAGAUAUAGCUGACAAGUUUAAGGCCAGAGAACAUCCACAAUUAGUUGUCGUUGAUUAUAGAAAAAUAAAUGAUAAUGCAUUUUAUUUUGGAGAUUUUAUGGUUGAAAAUGAAAGAGAGCUUUAUGUGCUAUUAAAUGAUACAUGGGAUUCAGCAAUUCCGUUGAAUUACACAAUCCCAUUGGAUGAGAGAGAUAAUUACGAUGAAAUUACAAUAGGAGGGUAUUUACUCAUUCUUCUAGUAUUGCUCAUGGGAGGGCUUUUUAUUUAUCGUAUCUACAAUACAAAGGAAAAGGAGGAUUAA